AUGGAGAUUUCUUCCCACCAGUUCCACCUCCUCGAGCAACUAAAUGAACAACGGAAGCAAGAUUUAUUCUGUGACUGCAAUAUCCUGGUUGAGGGAAAGGUCUUUAAAGCGCACCGCAAUGUGCUGUUUGCCAGCAGCGGCUAUUUCAAAAUGCUCCUUUCACAGAGCUCGAAGGAGAUGAGUCAGCUGACAACUGCUACGUUUGAGGUCUUCUCCCCAGAGACAUUUAUGGUUAUCCUGGACUUUGUGUAUUCAGGAAUAUUGUCUUUAACCAGUCAAAACGUGAUCGAAGUGAUGUCAGCUGCUAGCUAUCUGCAGAUGACAGAUAUUCUUAAUGUCUGUAAAACGUUCAUUAAGUCUUCGCUAGAUAUUAACGAGAAGGAAAAAGAUCAUUACCUCAGCCUUUCGGCCAAAAGUACAAACAGUGAACCUGCCCAUCCGCCUCUGUAUCGGUCAAGAAGGAAAGCAAAGAGUAACCCAAGGCGUUCCUACUCGAUUCCAGAUGAAAAGCCUAACACGGUGAAUGAAAAUUCCUGGAGUAGUUACAGCAGCUACCUGUCCUCCCAGGUGAUUCUUCAGCGGGCGGAAACACAGCUAUCGAAAAGAGGCAGGAAACAGGGCUCAACGAGAAAGCGCCGAAAGCACCUCGGGCUGUCACAGGCCCGUGAUUUUGUGCAGUGUAAUCGAGCUGGCAGUGCGACAGAUUCCAGCCACAUCUCUCGGGUUAGAGAGGAGGUUGAAUUUGAUGCUGAGAAUGAUGUUGAACACGAUGAUUAUGGAUAUAAGAACAACUCGGAAGCGAUACCAAAGAGGUGGUCUGUUGCUCAGCUAGAACAAGAACUUUCAAGAACUCCUGAGUUCAUGGAAUUAAAAGCAGAGGAACUGUACACCUCAAUGCCCACAAUUUUAGGUGUAAUGACUAGUUGGAAUGAAGAUGACCUACCUCGGAUGCGAUUCAAAUGCCCCUUCUGUACGCACACAGUGAAACGACGGGCAGACCUGAAGCGACAUCUUCGGUGUCACACAGGGGAGCGACCGUACCCUUGCGAAGUGUGUGGGAAAAGGUUCACCCGUCUAGAGCAUUUACGUAACCACUUCCAAACGAUACAUCAAGCAGGCAAACUGAUCUGCAGAAAAUGCAAGCGUCACGUAACUGACCUAACAGGAUGUGUUGUUCAGCAAGGAACAAGACGCUACAGACUGUGCCAUAAGUGUCUAGCAGAAGCUAAUUUUGACAGCAUCCCUGAUGAUUUAGAUGCAGAACAUUCUCCUGUCUCCUCCACGGGAAACAAAUGUUCCAAAUGGGCUUUGGAGGAGGAACAGAAAUCAGAUGAAGAGACAAUGGAAGAGGAACCGUGUAACUUGGCUGUCCGGCACAUUACUGAGGAUAUUCCAGAAGAGGCAGAUGAAAAGGUGAAACCAAAUCUUAGGUAG